UGAUGAUGAUGAUGAUGAUGAUGAUAUAGAGAAGAAAAGAAUAGAGAGUGACAGACUAACAAACAAGACAGACAGAGCGUUUGUGUACUCAAGGGUGGUUGGAGUGCACAGGCCAUACAUCAAAGUUCUGAAGGGCGUGAAGCAGGCGAUGUGGAGAUUCCAUGGGUUUUCUUUGGAACCGGACUACCCACAGGAGACAAGGCUGGUCGUCACUCGGUAGCCUAUGCUAGCCAAGCAGGAGCGAGGUAGACCGGAACUGGUCAUGGGAUAAGUACUGACAAAGCAGUUCAAGUCUUAUAGAAGUCAGAGGUAUUGCCUGUCUAGGCGCUUUAUAAAGGAUUUUGUAAAGGAGUGCAAGGAAGCGCAUGAGGGAUUUCGCGUGUCUUACGAUACAUAAUGGCGAGUGUUGUAUGGAGUGGCGCUGAAUGAUAAAAUACAGCGAGCGGGGAAAUAACUAUACUAUAUAGAAAAGGUGCCGAAUAUGAAGCU